AACUCCAACGUGGAAAACCUGCCCCCCCACACCCUGCGCCUGCUCUAUAAGGAAGUUUCCACGCUGACGUCCGACCCCCCCCCGGGAAUUAAGCUCUUCCCUAACGAGGAGGACGUCACCGACGUGCAGGUCACCAUAGAAGGGCCUGAAGGCACCCCGUACGCGGGGGGGCUUUUUAGGAUGAAGUUGGUGCUGGGGAAGGAAUUUCCUUCGGCCCCCCCCAAAGGAUUUUUCCUGACCAAAAUCUUCCACCCCAACGUCGGACCCAGCGGGGAGAUCUGCGUCAACGUCCUCAAGAGGGACUGGAGCGCAGAGCUGGGGCUCAGACACGUCCUGCUGGUCAGGGGGGGGGCGUCGGGGUGGGACCCCCCCUCUAAAAGG